AUGGAGGUGGAAAUAUUAGAACGAACUUUCUACUCUUUUCACCUAAUUUCCAAUUCUAAUUUGAAUGAUCUAUUUGAAAAUGAUUUCAAUACAAUUUUCAAAUCACUCCCUCAAUACCAAAAGACAUUAUUGGAAGAAAAGAAGGGACUCAAGACUGGUUCAUGUUUCAUUAAUGCAACUCCAGGGACAUUCUACAACAGACUCUUUUCGACUUCUUCCAUACACUUCUUCCAUUUUUCCUAUUGUCUACACUCAGGUCAAGAAUAUAAUGUUCCAGAGAAGUUGAUUGAAGGAGAAGAAGCACUUAGAUGGGACAACAUAUAUUUAACAAGAACAAGUCCUGUGUCAAUGCACAAAGCAUAUUUGGAGCAAUUCCAGAAGGACUUCAAACAGUUCCUGAAAUCACGUUCAGAAGAAUUGGUAACAGGUGGUGGCAUGCUUUUGGCAUUCAUUGGAAGACAAGAUACUUCAGAAAUUAGAACUGCUUGGGAGCUAAUUGACAUGUCACUCAAGGACUUGCUCUUAGAGAAAUUGGUUGAAAAGGAAACUUUGGAAUGCUUCAAUAUGCCAAAUUAUGACCCUUCAAUGGAAGAAGUUAAACAAGUAAUCGAGAAAGAAGGAUCUUUCAUUCUUCAGAAACUGGAAACGGUUCCUCAGGAUUGGGACCGCAACACAAAUGGAGGAGGCAAUGAUAAGAAUAAGGUUGAUGAGAAUAUGAGAGGGGAGAUUGAAGUUAAAUACGUUAGAGCUGUUACUGAACCCCUUUUAAAGACACAUUUCGGAGAAAGGAUCAUGGAUGCAUGA